AUGUUGGUCUGUCGGCUCUGGGCGGCAAUUAGCCGGGCCCUGUUUGCUGAGUUUCUGGCAACAGGGCUCUAUGUAUUCUUUGGUGUGGGCUCAGUCUUGCGCUGGCCCUCAGCAAUGCCCUCUGUGCUCCAAGCGGCUAUCACUUUCAAUCUGGCUACAGCCAUGGCCGUACAAGUCACCUGGAAGGUGAGUGGGGCCCAUGUCAACCCAGCUGUGACCCUGGCUUUCCUGGUGGGCUCCAAUAUUUCCCUACCAAGAGCCAUAGCCUAUGUGGUAGCCCAGCUUGCCGGGGCCAUUGCAGGAGCUGCUCUGCUUUAUGGAGUCACCCCAGGGGACAUUCGAGAAAGCCUCGGAGUGAAUGUGGUCCGGGGCAGUGUUUCCUCAGGCCAGGCUGUCGCCGUGGAGUUGGUGCUGACCCUACAGCUGGUGCUCUGUGUCCUGGCUUCCACCGACAGCCGCCAGACCCCAGGCUCUCCUGCUGCCAUAAUUGGGAUCUCUGUGGCUUUGGGCCACCUAAUUGGGAUCUACUUCACUGGUUGUUCCAUGAACCCAGCUCGCUCCUUUGGCCCAGCUGUCAUCGUUGGCAAGUUCUCUGUUCAUUGGAUCUUCUGGGUAGGACCAUUGACAGGAGCUAUCCUGGCAUCUCUGAUCUACAACUUCAUCUUGUUCCCAGACACCAAGACUCUGGCUCAGAGGCUAGCCAUUUUAACAGGCACCAUGGGAGCUGAGGAGGCGGUGCCUCGAAAGAAUGACCCAGAGCCCAUUUCAGGGGGCACUGAGAUACCCAACGUGGUAUAG